UACAUUCAAGAGAGAGAGAGAGGAGUUCUCCUUCUCCUUCUCCUUCUCCUUCAACUCUAUUUCUGUCUGAGUUCAGUCUUUCCUCUCUCCCUCCUCCCCAUCAUAAUGAAUCUUUCACUCCACUAAACUACCCUUUAUUCCUUCACUAUUUACCAAUCAUGCCAUCUCUCUCCGCUGCCCCACCGCCGCUCAUCGUCGACCACCGUCACCACCAUCACCACCGCCCGAGUCGUCUUUUCAUCAUCUUAGCCAUAUCCUUAACAGCAUCGCUCAUCAUUCUCCUCUUAACCAUUUUCCUUCUCUACCGGAAACUCUCCCGCAAUCGAACCGCUCCUUCAGAAACCCACCAAGAAAAUCCCCAAAAACUCCCUCGCCGAUUCUCCUACUCCCUCCUCCGCCGCGCCACGGCGGCGUUUUCCCCCUCCAACCGCCUCGGCCACGGCGGCUUUGGCUCCGUCUACAAGGCCGUUCUCCCCUCAGGCCUCUCCGUCGCUGUCAAAAUCAUGGACUCCCCUGGUUCUCUUCAGGGCGAGCGCGAGUUUCAUAAUGAGCUCUCGAUCGCCUCUGUUCUUAAUGACCCUAACAUUGUCUCCCUCCUCGGCCACUCCUCCGACCGGCGUCGGAGAAGACUGAUUUUGGUUUACGAGCUUAUGCCCAAUCGGAGCCUACAGGAUGCCCUGUUCGACAGAAAAUGCCCCGAGCUUAUGCCAUGGCGUAAGAGGUUUGAAAUUUCUCUCCGUAUUGCUUCUGCUUUGCAGUAUCUUCACCAUUUUUGUAACCCCCCUGUGAUUCAUGGCGAUAUUAAACCUAGUAACAUUCUGCUUGACGCCGAUUUCGAGGCCAAAAUUGGGGAUUUCGGCCUUGCAAGGCUGAAAUCCGAGGAGGAAGAUGGCUGUGGCGGUGGCGAUGAUGGCGGUAGAGUUAGAGAGGUUAUCGGAGAUAAUGGAUCGAUUUUGGAGGAAACCGAGAGUGUUUUGACUUUUGGGUUUGAGGAGAAUGUUGCUAUAGAUCGUUUGCCUGAUAGCUGUGUUAUUACUGUCCUUGAUUCACCGGAGACGGUGGCGACACCGGCUACAGAUAAAGUGAGUUUAUCAGAGGGGAAUUUUGAUAGGAUUAGUGUUGAGAGUGGGAAAGAGAGGAAGAAGGGUGGGUCUGGUAGGGAUUGGUGGUGGAAACAGGAAACUGCCGUUGAUGGUUCAGAAUCUGGGAGAGUUAAGGAUUAUGUGAUGGAAUGGAUUGGGAAUGAGAUAAAAAAAGACAGACCCAAGAGUGAAUGGGUUGAAUCUGAAAGCUCCAUUGCUUCUUCAAGUGGGAAAUUGGAGCAGAAGAAGCAGAAGAGGAGAUUGGAAUGGUGGGCUUCUUUAGAUGAAGGGAGAAUGAGGAAGAAAGAGAAGAACAGGAAGAAGCCAAGGGAAUGGUGGAAGGAGGAGUUUUGCGAGGAACUCGCAAGGAAGAAGAAGAAGAAAGAGCUUAGCUCAAGUAGUUGCAGAGAGCUAUGUUGGCAUAGAGAUGAAGAUUCAACCAAAGAGAGGAAGAAGAAGGUGAAUAAGAACAGUAAAGGUAGCAUUGAUUGGUGGUUGGAUGGAUUAAGUGGUGAUCUUAGAAAUGGUAAAAGAAACAGCAUAGAUGGAGCAACAAGUGACAUCCCAAAGAGUGGUGGAAUCAGCAGCACUCCUAGUAUGAGAGGAACUGUUUGUUAUAUCGCCCCCGAGUACGGCGGCGGGGGACAGAUAUCCGAGAAAUGUGAUGUUUACAGUUUUGGUGUUUUGUUAUUAGUUCUAGUUUCGGGGCGACGACCGUUACAGGUAAUGGCAUCACCGAUAUCAGAGUUUGAGAGGGCAAAUCUCAUCUCGUGGGCUCGACAACUCGCCCGCAAUGGCAAACUCUUGGAUCUUGUUGAUCCAUCCAUUCAUUCCUUGGAUAAGGAACAGGCAUUGCUUUGUAUUACAAUUGCAUUGCUAUGUUUGCAGAGAUCACCAUCCAAACGCCCUACCAUGAAGGAGAUAGUGGCAGUUCUUUCAGGUGAUGCUGAGCCACCCCAUUUACCGUUUGAGUUUUCACCGUCACCUCCGUCCAACUUCCUCUUCAAGUCUCAGAGGAAGGCCGGGCAGUUGGUGAGCCAGAAUUAGAUGUUGUUAUUUGUCAUUUUUGAUUCAGUGUUGAACUCUAUGCAAAUGGUGUUGGUAAUUUCUUCCUUCCCAUGGAUAUACUGUUGGUCAGAAAUGGAUUCAAAAGCAAUUGGCAGAGGCCAUGAUCUUGUCAAUAGCUCCCCACAAGGUGAAAUUUUAGAAAAACCCCAAGUGGGAUUAAAGUGAAGAAUAUGAUAUCAUAUGUACCAUUACCAAAAAGGCCAAAGCUAAGCUUUUCCUUAA